GUAAAAAGAAAAAAAAAAUCAUUUUUUUCUGGGACUCUGAUAACUGAAGUGUAUUUGUUCAUGACUUUUUAAAUCCAAUAUGUUUCGAGUAUCGAAGAAAGUCCCAGAAAGAGAAAUAUCAAAGUGAACUUGAAAAGGGCUGCAUUCAUUUUCGACUUUGCUCAAUUAUCAAUUAAGCUGCUGUGUGUUUGCUUUUUCAAGCAAUGGUGCAAAGUAUGCCGGCAAGCACCUUGGCUACCUCCAGAUAUGGUGGUUGUUUUGGUUCCUUCCCUGUUUGGAGGAAACCUUUUGGGCAAAUGAAAGAAUCCCAGAUGAGUUUUGGUGUUGAAAAACAGAAUCUUUGGCAUCAUUUCAGCCAAAGCUUACUGUUUAUUGGUCAGUCAGACUUAGGAGGGUGCCGAAAUGUGAGGGUUAAUGUUGGGUGGCCGUUUAAAGGAAAUAAUCAGGGGCUGAAUGCAGCUUCUGAGCGUAGUGAUAGCGCCAAUGAGGAUAUAUUGAUGUUCUUUUUCCAACUGGACUUGGCAACUCGAGUACAGUAUGCUUUGAACUUGGAGCAGUAUGACAUUGCGAAACAAUUGAGAGACAAGCUUAAUGAGGUUGAAGAAGAGGUCAUCAGACAGCAAGAAACAAGAAAGGGUACAACCUCAAAAAGUGAAGUUCAAGACAUGGCUAUAAGCAUCUUACGCCUAAAAGCAGAUCUGCAGAAUGCAAUUGAAAGUGAAAACUACAGUUUGGCAGCUGAAUUAAGAGAUGAAAUUUCAAAAUUUGAGUCAGAGUCCUUAGCUGCAUCGGUGAAAGCGCAAGCAUAUCAGAAUGCUCAGUAUGCAUUUCGUUUGGGGCAGAAAGUCAGGCAUAAGACAUUUGAAUAUCGAGCAGUAAUCUGUGGUAUGGAUCCAGUCUGCUGUGAAACAAAAUCAUGGAUGGAGACCGCAAAUGUUUAUAAGUUGACUCGUGGUCCAGAUCAACCAUUUUACCAGGUUUUGGUUGAUGUGUACAUGGACCCCAAUCUGUUAGUUGCAUAUGUUCCGGAGGAGAAUUUAUGUGCUCCAGAUAAACCAGACAUGGAAAGAUUUGACCAUCCCUAUGCGUCGUUCUUGUUUUAUGGGACGGAUGCUGCUGGAGACUUCAUCCCAAUCAAGCAGCUGAGGGAAAAAUGCAACAGGCCACGGCAUGAGAUUCCCUAUGAUCCGGACAAUGAGCAGAAUGGAGAUGACAUCUGAAUGGCAUAGUGCUAGAUGGGAGUCAAGGAGCUUCAGGAGAGGCAGAAACCAUUUUUUUGUACCAUUUUGCAAUAGAUAUUGACACAACUUCUUCAGUAUGAAACGCUCUUGAGCAGCUCGUCUGGAGCAUCUUUAACCAGGAGUUGUACAUUACCUCUGAUUAAUGCGUGUAACACAAGGAAAAGUAGUCAGUGGAGAUCUUGAGGGCCAAAUUCAAUGCUGCUUUUGUAAACUCGAGUAGUUUGUUUUACUGUACAGAAACAGAUGUCCUGAUUCUUUGUUGGACUGUAGGAUUUGCUACUGGAAUAAUUUAGCAUGUUGGCUUUGUUCAGA